CUCGGAAGUCUCGCGAGCGCAGCGGGGCGACAACACGGGGCCUCGGCGCGAGGGGAGAUGGAGAGAAAUGAGGUCUGAGAAGGAGCAGGUGACCGUGGCCAAGGAGAGGAGCGUCGUCGAGAUCCAGUUCAGGGACGUGCCGAGGGAGCAGGACAACGCCGCCGGUCACCUCAAGCAGCAGCAGCAGCUGCAGCAGCAGCAGAAGGAGGAGAAGAAGGAGGUGUUCUCAAAGGUGGUGAUUCGAAGGCUGCCACCGAACCUGUCAAAAGACCUGCUAGAGGAACAGCUCAGUCCGCUGCCGUCCUACGACUAUUUCGAGUUCUUCCCCGCAGAUCAAAGUCUCUAUCCUCACCUGUUCUCCAGGGCAUACAUCAACUUUAAAAACCAUGAGGACAUCCUGCUCUUUCGAGAUCGGUUCGACGGCUACGUCUUCAUCGACAACAAAGGUCAGGAGUAUCCUGCAGUGGUCGAGUUUGCCCCCUUCCAGAAAAUAUCCAAGAAGAAACUGAAAAAGAAAGACGCCAAAGCUGGGAGCAUCGAAGAAGAUCCAGAAUACAAGCGGUUCCUGGAGAAUUACUCCUGCGAUGAGGAGAAGUCUAUGGCCAAUCCUGAGACUCUGCUGGGAGAGAUAGAGGCCAAGACCAGAGAGCUCAUAGCCAAGCGGACAACACCCCUGUUGGAGUACAUCAAAAAUAAGAAAAUUGAGAAACAGAGAAUAAGAGAGGAGAAGAGGGAGGAGAGGAGGAGGAGAGAGCUGGAAAAGAAACGGCAAAGGGAGGAGGAGAAGAGAAAGCGACGGGAGGAGGAGAGGCGUAAGCGGAAAGAGGUCGAGAAGCAGAAGAAGUUGUCUGAUAAGGACAUCAAGAUCAAGCUCCUGAAGAAGAGUGACAGAGACGACGAUGUGGACUCAGACAGAGUGAAAGACAAAAGUGACACCGGGGAGGCGGACAGCAGGGGGAAAUGGGAGAAAGCCGGAGGACAAAUGAAGACAAAGGACGCCAAAGAAAACUUUGUGUCUGUGCAAUCUCCACUCCGGCCACCAGAGGUCAGCCCGAGAGCGACAAGGAGCCGAGGGAGCAGCACGGCCGGCGGCAGAGGGACAAGGACCACCGAGGGAAGGACGAGGAGAGGAAACGACAGCGACACCACUACGAGUUUGAUAAGUUCAUGCGGCGCAAAGACGAGACCAAGUGGGGGAAGGGCUACUGCCAAGACCGGGCCAAGAAAGAGGGGCACCACCACGGGUUUUCUUACUGUCCCGACGGCGGGGACAAGCUGGGAAAGGAGGACAGGGAGGACCUGGGUAAUAGGAAGGAGCGCCUCCGAAACAAGGACCGACCCGCCAUGCAGCUCUAUCAGCCCGGCGCGCGCAACCGCAAGCGCAUGAGUUCGGCGUGCAAGGGCUACGACUGCGUCCCCGUGGGCCCCUCGCCCGAACCCGGGACGGACCACUGCUUCGACGUCGUCACUGCGGCAACGGUGCCGGAGAAGGGGUUCGAGAAAGGCAAAGAUGAGCAGUGAGUGGUCUGGACGCUCAGAGGGGGAAUGCAAAUAAAUGAUUUAGGGUUUUUUCAGUUGAUGGUGACAGGUUUUUAUUUAUUAUUGAGCUGACGAGACUUUUCAUACCCCGCUGAGGGGAGACGGCACUUCAGAAGCAAACUGUCCUUUAGUGAUUUUCAACAGUGUUAGAUCUAGGGCUGCAACUAACGAUCGAUUGAUCUGGCGAUUAUUUUCUCGAUAAGUUGUUUGGUCCACAAAGUAUCAUUAAAUUGGGAAAAAUGCAGACCGUGUUUCCCCAAACUACAGGAUGAUGUUAUUUUGUUUUGCAAAAGAAACUGAAGCUGAAAUCAGAUAAGUGUAACUUUUGUUUUCAUUAAAACUAUCCUGAACCGAUUAAUCGAUUAUCAAAAUAAUUGGCAAUUAAUUCAGUAAUUGAUUAGUAAUUGAUUAAUUGUUGCAGCUCUAAUUAGAUGUAAUAAUGUUCCUCAAGGUUUUUUGUUUUGCUGGAGCAUGAACAUUAAGUGUCUCAGUGAUUAAUAUUCAAAGAAUUAUCGAAGUACUAUGGUAUUAUUUUAGGUAUUAUUCUUUCUUUUUUUUUAAACAAUUCAAUAGUUGUUACAUUUGUGAUAGCACAUUUGAUAUCUUUCAUGCAGUAUCUUGGUGCAAAAUGCACAGAUUUAUGGAUUUAUUUUUAGUCUCCUCCUGCUAGCUAGUUUCCUGUCACAUCAAAUUGUUGUCACAUGAGGCAGUCCGGUCCGGUGUCACUCCUAUUGGCCGUCCUGAUGUUUUUAAGUGUGUCCCUGUGAAAGAGGCAGCUCACACCGGUUGAUGCGGUGUCCAUCAACAGUGUGCUGGUGACUGACCGCCAUCCAAUGCUGUGCACCAGAACUUCUAAAAUCUUUGUAGAGUCUGCUCAAAAAGCCGGAUGUUUAUAACGAUGCUAUUUAUUAAAAAUGAAAUAUAAAGUAAGUCGAACUUACAAAAAGAACGGAUGUAGAAAAUGUAAAAGUGAGAAUUAUGGGUGCAUUUUUUUGUGUGUGUGUAAAGGUUAGUGGCCCGAGAGGAAGAGUUAUUAUUUAUGAAGAGGACAAUGUCACCAUGUUUUUCCACUCUUUUCCUAAUUUCUAUCCAUCUUUUUACAGUCUCCAACAGAGACAGGAAUUUGUUACGCAAGCUUUGUACAUGAGCCAGGAAGAACACAUUGUCUACAUUUCUACAAAGCAUUUACUCAAAAAUAAAAGGGGAUAUUGUUUAGUUUGCGACAGAGGAAGUGAAAACAGUGAAUUUUCUAUGCUAUUUGCAUGGUUUGUUUAACAAGCCUUGUGUUAUGUUUGCAAAUGCCCUGACAUUUCUCUAUCAUACCUCUUGUACCAUUUCUUUUUUUUUUCUCUCCUUACGAUGUGAGAAAAUAAAGCUCUUCUACCAUUAUAAGA